UGUCCAGUGAAUGGUGAAUGGAGCUACUGGACGGAAUGGAGUCACUGCUCUACAACGUGUGACAGAGGCGGAAGAAAUCGCUCGCGUGUAUGUAACGAUCCUGCACCGCGGUACAACGGAACGGAGUGCCCAGGCCCAGCAACAGAAUGGGCACCUUGCCCAGGUGACAGGAAUUGCCCAGUGGACGGUGGAUGGAGUCCGUGGUCAGUGUUUUCUCCUUGCACGGCGAGCUGCGAAGGUGGCACAAGGGAAAGUUUCCGUGAAUGCAACAGUCCCCAACCUCGUUAUGAUGGUCUCUUCUGUGGUGGACACGCUCGAAGAACUUGUGAAUGCAACAAACAACCAUGUCCUGUCGACGGAGGAUGGACUUGGUGGAGUAUUUGGUCUCCCUGCUCAUCAACAUGCGAAGGAGGAAAGCAAAACAGAACCAGAGAAUGCACCAAUCCUCUGCCAAGACACGGAGGACUUUGCUGUCAAGGUCCAGAAGUAGAUGUCCAAACGUGUGCCCAUGUCCAAUGCCCAGUUGACGGCAACUGGGGACAAUGGACUACGUGGUCUGAGUGUAGCGAACCCUGUGAGACCGGCAGGCGUUUUCGAAAUAGAUUGUGCAACAACCCAGCACCUGAUUUUGGAGGCAAACCAUGUAAUGACCCUUCCACUGCGAUGGAAGAAGAGCUGUGUAACACACACAAGUGUCCAGUGAACGGAAACUGGGGUCCGUGGACAGAAUAUGAAUUCUGCAGUAAAACUUGCGAUACCGGAUCACAAGGAAGAACUAGGGAGUGCAACAAUCCCGCUCCAAAAUAUGACGGCGCAGACUGCAGCGGCAACGAAGCCGAAUCAAGGCUCUGCAAUAAAUUCGAUUGCCCAGUGGAUGGCUUUUACACUACGUGGACAUCAUGGGCUCAAUGCUCUAGAACUUGCGGAAGAGGUACUACUGAGCGAACACGACAUUGCAAUCCACCGCUGCAUGGAGGAACUCCUUGUCUGGCUAUUGGCCUUCCUCAAGAGUCACAAAGUUGCUGUGUCCGGCCUUGCCAGGGUCCUACACCGUACACGGCCUACACAUUGAUUUCAUCUCAACAAGUAAUUAGGCAAAGGUAUACUACUUCGUGCGGGUUUCUCGGUUUUGGUCGAUGUGGAAGGACCAGGACUACUUACUCCCGAACCUAUAGAAGUCAAGGAUCAACACUGUACAAGACCGCCGUCACAGAAGGCUGUUGAGUAGGAGGACCGCAGAGAAUGAAGUCGAGACUGCUGACUUUAGGGCAGUGACUGUCACUGUGUCUUAAAUGUGUGAAUUUUUAGUGUUAGUUCUGUGACUGCAUGUUAUUAGUUUGUUGACAACAUUC